AUGCGUAUAUUGCGUGCGACAUUCACAAUUCUGAACUUGUGCGGUUGGCUACGCCCUUCUUUUUGGAUAUCCCCAUAUCAGAAAAUUCUGUAUAAUUUCUACACGGUUUUCUUAUUCCUCACGAUACACUCUCUCCUGUUUACUCAAAUAUUGGACGUGGUUUUUAACGUAAGAAAUCAAAACGAGUUCAGUGACAAUAUCUAUGAGUCACUCGCGGUAUUCAUGAGCUGCUGCAAGAUGUGCAGCUUCCUGUUGAAUCGAAAGAAGGUGAAACUAUUGAUCGACACUCUUCAGAAGAAACCAUUUUUGCCAAUGAAUGCCGAGGAAUACGAAAUUCGAAGGAGAUGCGAACAGACCGCUACGCGGAAUACGAUUGGUUACACAAUUAUGAUCGAGUGCUGCGUAGUCUUCAUGUGGACAACUUCGGUUUUCAGAGAUUUCGGACGCAGACAAUUAACGUAUCGCGCGUGGAUACCUUACGACUAUUCAUCUUCUUUGCUUACGUUUACUGUUACCUACACUUAUCAAACUUCAACCGUGAUGAUCGGCUCGAUUAUGAACAUCGCUUACGAUACUCUGCAUAGUGGAAUGUUGAUGCACACAUACUGCCAGUUGGAAAUCCUCGAACAUCGUCUGAAAAAUGUUACGAAGGAUGACAACUACUCGGUCGAGCAAUGCGCUCAUUACCAUCAUCGCAUAUUCCAAUUCGCCGCGAUGUUGAACAAAACGUUUAAAACGACAGCCUGCAUUCAAUUUCUGAUGAGCGCAUCGAUUGUGUGCUUCAACCUUUAUCGAAUCACACAAAAAGAUUUGGGGGCAAGAUUAGCGGAAACUGUGUUUUAUGCAUUUUGUAUGAUCAUGGAGAUAUUUUACUACUGCUGGUAUGGGAACGAAGUCAGACUGAAGAGUCUCGAAAUUCCUGACAUGAUAAUCAGAAGUGACUGGAUAAAUUUGGAUGUUGGCUCUCGGAAAAUCCUCGUGAUGAUUAUGCGACGUGCAACGGUGCCCAUCGAGUUCACGAGCCUGCACGUUGUGUCGAUGAACCUCGAGUCUUUCAUGGCCUUACUCAAGGCUUCGUUCACGGCGUGCAACGUGCUUCAACAAACUCAUGGAUAG